GGCAUAAGUGCUGCUUCUUAGAGUUUGAAAUCAUGGGCCUGAAACAAAUGAAAAUUGAUCUUCUGUUGGUUCUUGUAGUUGGUUUGUGUAAAGUUCAGUUUUCUGAAUGGAAAGAGUUGACACAAGACGAGAAGCCAGCCGUAGCUCAGAGCGUCCCGCAGCCGGUGCAGAAAACUGCGACGGAUUUUCUGUUGGGAGAUAAUUGGCGGCCUAUUCAAGCCCCAGUGAAAGUUCAGUCUGAGAAAGUGAUGCAGAGCCCAGUGAAGAACCAGACGUCGUAUUUUCCCCAAGCUCCAGAGAAGCCUGAACAGCCGAAAAUGGAUGUGGAGCUGCCGCAGCCUGUGCGCGCUAAUAGUGUGGGAGCUGACUGUGGAGAGAAUGCAGUGCGUGUGGUAGUUAGGAAGGACUUGUUUGGAAUUGGAGCGCCAAUAAAUCCUUUAUCUCUCAGCCUUGGUGGUUGUCCAGCGACAGGAGAAGACUCUGCUGCUCAGAUUCUCAUCUUUGAAUCUGAACUGCAGGCCUGCAGUAGUAUGUUAAUGAUGACUGAGGACGAACUUGUCUACACCUUUACACUUCUCUACGCCCCAGAGCCUUUUGCUGGAACGCCAGUUGUAAGGACAGUUGGUGCUGCAGUUAUUAUUGAGUGUCACUACAUAAGGAAGCACAAUGUGAGCAGCAAUAGUGUGACACCCACUUGGAAACCGAUUAACUCUGCCAUGGCUUCUGAGGACGUUCUUGUUUUCUCACUCCGGCUCAUGACUGAUGACUGGCAGUUUGAGAGGCGGUCAAAUCAAUAUUUCCUGAGUGACUUGAUGAACAUUGAAGCCUCGGUGAUGCAGUUCAACCAUGUACCUCUAUGGGUUUUUAUGGACAGCUGUGUGGCCACCGCAGAACCUAAUGUGAACGCUAUCACCAGAUAUGUUUUCAUUGAGAACCAUGGGUGCUUGAUUGAUGCGAAGAUCACAGGCUCCAAGUCUAGGUUUAUGCCACGCAUUCAGAGGAACAAGCUGCAGCUUCAGUUGGAGGCAUUUCGAUUUCAGGUCCAGAGUGGUGACGAAGUCUACAUCACCUGUUUAUUAAAGGCUGUGAUUGGUCCCUCCCCAACUGAUGUGGAGCACAAGGCUUGUUCCUUCUCCUCUAAUAGGUGGACCUCAGCAGAUGCUAACCAGGCAGCGUAUGAUCAGGUUUGCAGUUGCUGUGACACAAGCUGUAGCUUCAGAAAAGGGAAGAAAAUCUCUCGUGAUGCAGCUCAGUGGUGGGAAAAGAACAUCUCUCUUGGCCCUAUCUUGGUCAAAGAAUAGACCCCUGUCGACUGGCCAUAGGAUAACAAAAUAAAGUUCUUA